AUGCCACCCAAAAGGUCCUCGAAGCCGAUCACGGACUAUAAUGCCUUUGUCAGGCUGCCAGACCCAUCUGUCAAACGCAAGAGAGCCGAAGCGACGAAAGAACGUCUGCGGGGAAUUCAUUUUAACUUCCAGAAGUACUGGCUUCCUUUCUCUUCAGUCCUUGUAUUUACAUCGCAACUCACACCGCCAGAUUAUAAGUAUUGGCUUGAGAACAUCACAUUAAGAUUCAUUGAAGGCUUCAUUCGCUGGUAUUUAGAUGAGCACAACGAAGAAUACCACUCUAGUCUCAUGACAGUGGUGAGAUUUUUCAGGAUGUAUUGGAGCGAAGAAAUAGGCCGUGACCUUUCCCGUGAAUUAGGGCAGGAUGUGACUGCACUUUCUAAUGAUCUUAGUAAAGAGUAUGGGCUUAACUUAGGCGCUAAGCAACAGCCGCCAUUUAGCAUUAACGAGCUCUUGCUUGUCACCCACUAUUUGCUAAAUGCCUGUGAUAUGGCUUUUCCUACUUUCCGAUGCGUUUUACAAUUGAACACGUUGCGAAAAAUGAUGGCUUCAACAUCAGCUCGGCCUGGAACUCUGACUCUGUCUACCGGGUAUAUGAGGGGCAAUGAUACCCUUAAAUGGAAGGAUAUUGAGCUAUUCAUAGUGAAAAACCCAGAGGAUCCCGGUUCUCAAAUCCUUCUUAUGAAGGUACAGCACAGGCUUAACAAGGGGAGGAGAAAUGAAGGAGCUCCGCCUAAAUUCAUGUACACUGAAAGAAAUGACAGUUUGGGGCUUUGUGUUAUUCAUGAUAUACUUACGUAUGCAUUUCUGGAUGACGCGUUUGCGAGCCCUUAUAUCAAAUGUCUACGAGACAUCUGGCGUCUAACAAAGAUACCGGAACAUCGCCAAAGCACGCCCAUCCAUUUUAAAGAAAGCUUGGGGGAAAUUCCUGUCUCAAGACGCGCUAUGCGAACGGACAAUAGGAGUUGGGUCACAGACCCAGAAAAUGCUCUUUUAUGCAGCCAAGCGCAGAGUUGGGAGCAAACUGCCUGUGAAAAGGCUGGUUUUCCGGAUAAAGGAUCGCUUUACAAAUACCGCAAAGGCGCAGCGGUAAACCUGAGGCACCUCGAUAAGCAUUCACGAAAUGCAGUUAUGGGUCAUCGAAAAGGUGGCACAUUUGCAAGUUAUAUCUCUGUAUUAGAUGACACUCAAUCUAUUUACAUGGGGACUCCAACUAGGGAUUCGUUACUUAAUCUCGCGAUCCAUGCAAACCUAAAACGGGAUGCCUCCGCGCCUCAAGACCUGACAAUUGAGCAGAAAGAGUCUCUUGAAAUGGAUGGCGAACUUCAGAAUUUGAGAAAGGCGCAUAAGUCGCUCCGGAUCACUCUCAUUGCAGAGUUUCGCCGUCUACAGAAGGCCCGUGAAGCCAAUGACGCGCCCAAGAAGACCGCUCGCGAUAAAUUCUUCCAAAAUAUUGGUAACCAGAUCAUAGAGCGCAACCAUCAGGGGAAUCCCAUCAUCUUUACACCAGAUACCUCUCAUAUACAGCCGGAGAGAAGAGCUCUUUCACACCUCGAAUUUAAGAACAGAGAUGUCGAUACUGUCGGUGAUGCCGAGUUACUUGAAGAUCGCAUUCAGUCCCUAGAACUACGGCUCAAGCUCCACAGUCUUCAUGUACCUAGGACAUUGAAAAAGCAGAUCAAAUUCGGUCAACAGGUGUCAAAAAAAGCUGGGGCAACUGAAGAUUUCCGAUGGAAAUACCCAAAGAAAGCUGGUACCGAUGGGGGAUUACUUCCAUCAAAAAGUUCUACUGGCCUUAAAUGUCCAGUGUGUCUGGGGCGCAAGGAUCUACAUCCUUCCGCCAGAACCUACCCGUAUGCACGCAAGGAUGUGCUGAAACGUCAUUUCGAGACCCACAAAUUACCAUUUGUAUUCAGGAGAGAUGGUCGGCAGUGCGAUUAUCCCGGUUGCCUGGAGGUUCUGUUUACACUGGCGCGAUACAAAAUUCAUCUUCAAGACGAUCAUAAUAUUAGCCUGUGA